AUGUGCUCCAGGCCCAUUGAGUAUUGUCUUCUCACUGUCAUGGCCUAUGACCGCUAUGUUGCCAUCUGCAAACUCCUGCACUAUGAGACCCUCCUGGGCAGCAGAGCUUGUGUCCACAUGGCAGCAGCUGCCUGGGGCAGUGGGUUUCUCAAUUCUCUCCUGCACACUACUAAUACAUUUUCCCUACCACUCUGCCAAGGCAAUGCCCUGCACCAGUUCUUCUGUGAAGUUCCCCACAUCCUCAAGCUCGCCUGCUCAGACACCUACCUCAGGAAGGCUGGGCUUCUCCUGUUUGCUUUUUCUUUAUCUUCAGGGUGUUUUGUUUUCAUUGUGCUGUCCUAUGUGCAGAUCUUCAGGGCCGUGCUAAGGAUCCCCUCUCAGCAAGGGCGGCACAAAGCCUUUUCCACGUGUGUCCCUCACCUGGCUGUGGUCUCCCUGUUUCUCAGCACUGCCAUGUUUGCCUAUUUGAAGCCCCCCUCUUCCAUGGAGGAGUCCCCAUCUCUGGACCUGGUGGUGGCAUUCCUCUACUCGGUUCUGUCUCCAGCACUGAACCCCCUCAUCUACAGCAUGAGGAACCAGGAGCUCAGAGACGCACUGCAGAAGCUGAUUCAAUCACUUGUCUUUCAGCAGGGAUAA